AUCUAUUAUAAUAAUAAACUAAUAGAAUUGAUUGUACCAAAAUAAAAAUCAAGAGAAUUCAAUGUAAAACGCAUAGAGUUUCAUUUGGCACAAAAGUAGUGAAGUUCAAUGCAUAGAAGACCAGUUCCAUGGUUAGAUCCUAUUCACACGCUCUCUUCUUCCAUUCCAAUUCUAACCAUAACACAAUCACAACAAUGACACAAAAUUACAUAGUCUUUGUUUUUUUAUGUCUUCAACCAACUCACUAAGACAACCAAUUUUGUUUCUUUCUUCAUGUUUCCUUGUUGACCUUUUAGCCAAAGUUUGGUUUGGUUUGUGCAUUGACAUUGUCAUAAUUAGAUAGAUUUAUUGGUAAAGUUUUGUACUUUUGGUUACCCUUUAUUCUUAUGCCAAAUGGGUUUUCGACAUAAUUGCAUAAUGUUAUUUAUGUAGCUAGGAAUCACUCAAGACAUCUAGGGUUGGAUUAUUCUUUGAAUAAACCUUGUAAAUAUAUGUGUGUUUGAUUAUGUGCUUUUUCUCUAAAGUUUUCACAAAAGUGUUGAAUUAGUGAUUGAGUUGUGAGUACUAAAGCUAUGACAAUGGUUGAGAGAAAUGUGAAUUCUUUCAAACUUGUUUCAAAAAAUUCAUUGCUUUUCUUAUUCACAAUGAUGUCAAUCAUGUUCCUCAUGUCAUGGUUCUUCGUUUUGCGAUCCACGAAUCGUCCUCAUUUCAUUGAUCACAACUUGUUGCCAAAUUCAAAGAUUCUUUCCACCUUUGAAUAUUCAAAGUUUCAUACAAAAGUCCCGAAUAUCGAGUCCUCAUUCGGGAACCGAGCAAUACUCGUUGAUGUCGAAGAUGUUGAAGAUGAAAGUGAAACAAACAAGCCCAAAGAUGGUGGAAAAUGUAGAAAUAGAAAUGAUGAUUUUCUUCUAAAAGUUUUCAUGUAUGAUUUACCAUCAAAGUUUCAUUUUGGACUAUUGGAUUGGAAACCAAGUGGAAAUAGUGUUUGGCCUAAUGUUAGAACAACAAUACCUGGUUACCCUGGAGGUUUGAAUUUGCAACAUAGUAUAGAAUUUUGGCUUACAUUAGACAUUCUUGCCUCAGAAAUUCCGAAUGCUCCUAAGGCAAAGACGGUGAUUCGUGUUCGAAACUCUAGCGAAGCCGAUAUUAUAUUUGUGCCAUUCUUUUCGUCGUUGAGCUAUAACCGAAACUCGAAACGAAGACCAAAUGAGAAGAUAACAAAGAACAUAAUGCUUCAAGAGGAGUUGGUGAAGUAUGUGACAUCUCAAGAGGAAUGGAAAAGGUCAAAGGGAAAAGAUCAUGUGAUUAUAGCACAUCAUCCUAAUAGUAUGUUGGAUGCAAGAAUGAAAUUGUGGCCAGCUACAUUUAUACUCUCAGAUUUUGGAAGAUAUCCUUCAAGUAUAGCUAAUGUUGAAAAGGAUGUGAUUGCACCUUAUAAGCAUUUAAUCACUUCUUAUGUCAAUGAUAAUUCCAACUUUGAUAGCCGUACAACAUUGUUGUAUUUCCAAGGAGCAAUCUAUAGAAAAGAUGGAGGUUAUGUGAGGCAAGAACUAUAUUAUUCUUUGAAAAAUGAAAAGGAUGUACAUUUUUCAUUUGGAAGCAUUCAAAAAGAUGGAAUCAAGAAAGCAACAGAAGGAAUGCGUUUGUCGAAAUUUUGCCUAAACAUAGCAGGCGACACACCUUCAUCAAACCGCUUGUUCGACGCAAUUGCUAGUCAUUGUGUCCCUGUGAUCAUCAGUGAUGAAAUUGAGCUACCGUUCGAGGAUAUCCUCGACUACUCCGAGUUCUGCAUAUUUGUUCGAACUAGCGACGCUAUCAAGGAAAACUAUCUGCUAAAUUUCAUCAGGAGUAUAGGCAAAGAAGAGUGGACAAAAAUGUGGAACAAGUUGAAAGAGGUUGAACAUUUCUUUGAAUAUAAUUUUCCAUCUAAGGAAGGUGAUGCUGUACAAAUGAUUUGGCAAGCUGUUUCACAUAAAGUUCCUUCUAUGAAAUUGAAGUUAAAUAGGGUUAGAAGGUACUCUAUGUCCCCUCCAAGUAUAGAGAAUGAACUGAAACCAAUACCUGUACCUAAGAAUUUUUGGGAUAAAGAUAUGUAGGUAGUCUUUGGUGGAAAUUAAAUGUAUCAUUUUCUUGUCUUUCAUUUAGUUUUGAUGUAUUUUUAAUAUACAUCAAAUUUAGAAGAUGACUGAUAUUUUUACAUUUUAACAAUACAUACCUUAAUUAAU